GAAGAAAAGGCAAAAUUUUGACUCAUUCACACCAAAAACAGGAAAUGCGAACCGGGGUGAAAAUCUUCCUGUCACCACCUGCUCCGAACCUGGGGGCUCCGUGAUCCCGGGAUGGGCUCGGGCACCUGGAUCCGGCUGCUCCUCGCCCUCGGAGCUCUUUGGGGAAUCAGAGCCAGGGAAACACAGUUGGGAAUUCUGGGAGAGCCGACGCUCCUGCAGAUCCCCCCCAAGUUCCAGGAACGCACCAGGGAAUUCGGGGAAGCCUCCUGGAAAAAAACCAUGGAGGGGUCGCAGAAGAAAAAAGUCCUGCUGAGGUUUUCCAGCGGGAAUUUCACAGAGUACGAGCAGGACCGGAUGCGCUUCCACAGGGGGAAUUUUUCCCUGGAAAUCCUCAACACCAGCCGGGAGGACGAGAGGCUCUACGAGUACAGCGUCAGCAAGGGGCCGGAGGAGGAGCUCUGGCACAUCCAGCUCCAGGUGUUCGAGCCGGUGGCCGAUCCCAGAAUCCGGAUCCUGCAUCGGGAAUUGUCCAACGGCAGCUGCUCCCUGUCCCUGCUCUGCGCCUCGGAGCGCGGGGAUGAGGUUUCCUACAGCUGGGACAGCCGGGACAGCGGUGACACUGGCGGGAUCUGCUCUGGGAAUGGGAGUGUCCUGAAUGUCUCCUAUUCCCUACGGAACUCCGGCUUCCGCUGCGUCUGCACCGCCAGGAAUCGCGUCAGCAGCCGGGACGCCGCCUUUGAUUCGUCCCAGUGUGGUGCCGAGCAGAGUGGUGUCCCCAGGGUGAGGACAGAGCUCCUCGUGGCGCUGGUGACCCUCGGUGUCAUUGUCAUCAUCGUCAUCGUCACCAUCAUCAUCCUCAGGGCCAGACGUGACCAAGGUCCCUCCCAGGUGACUCCGGACGGUGCCACCAGCGCCACCAUCUAUGCCCAGGUGCAGAAGCCCAAAGUCACCGUCCCCAGCGCCACCCCCAUCUCCAGCACCACCAUCUACGCCGCGGCCACCGGGCCACCCCCGGCCACUGACGGAACCCCCCGGGCCCCAGCAGAGCCCCCAAACCCUCAGGGACACCCCCAGGAGGCCACCACGGUUUACGCCAGCGUGACCCUGCCCGUGGCCUGA